UCCGGCCGGAGCUCCUCAACAUAAACAGCAAUGGCGGAGGCAGCAGCAGCAGCGUCCACGGCGGCUCCAGCAGUAACAGGAGGUUGGACCAAACACGUAACCUGCAGAUAUUUCAUGCAUGGACUUUGUAAAGAAGGAGAGAACUGUCGAUAUUCACACGAUCUGACCAACAGCAAACCAGCAACCAUGAUUUGCAAGUUCUUUCAGAAGGGAAACUGUGCGUUUGGAGACCGCUGCAGGUUUGAACAUUGCAAACCAACAAAGCAGGAGGAACUGCCAACACCACAGACGCUGCCGCUGCCCUCUGCCUCGCUGGCCGGCCCAUCAGACCCCGAACCCAAUAAGCCGACACCUGGACCAGGUAAAAAAGACUGGGUCAACGCUGCCGAAUUUGUGCCAGGACAGCCUUACUGCGGACGGGCUGAGCCGGUGAAGGGGGAGAGCUCGGUGCCUCUCAUCGAAGAGUUUGACAGUGACGCAGCAGUGGAAAACAAAGAGUUAAGGAAGCAGCUCUGUCCGUACGCCGCCGUUGGAGAGUGCCGCUACGGACUCAACUGUGCCUAUCUCCACGGCGACGUGUGUGACAUGUGUGGCCUCCAGGUGCUGCAUCCAACCGACAACACACAGCGCUCAGAACACACCAAGGCGUGCAUCGAGGCCCAUGAGAAGGACAUGGAGAUUUCAUUUGCCAUCCAACGCAGCAAAGAUAUGAUGUGUGGUGUGUGUAUGGAGGUGGUGUUCGAGAAGGCCAAUCCAAGCGAGCGCCGGUUUGGCAUCCUGUCCAACUGCAGCCACUGCUACUGUCUAAAGUGCAUCCGCAAGUGGAGGAGUGCCAAACAAUUUGAGAGCAAAAUCAUCAAGUCUUGCCCAGAGUGUCGAAUCACAUCUAACUUCGUCAUCCCAAGCGAGUACUGGGUUGAAGAUAAAGACGACAAACAGAAACUCAUUCAGAAAUACAAGGACGGCAUGGGGACUAAACCAUGUCGAUACUUUGACGAGGGCCGUGGUACGUGCCCUUUCGGGUCAAACUGCUUCUAUAAGCACGCCUUUCCUGACGGUCGGCUGGAGGAAGCUCAGCCCCAGAGGAGGCAGACAGGAUCCAACAGCAGGAAUAGGAACUCGAGGCGGACGCCGCUGUGGGACAUCCUGGACGAGCGGGAAAGCACCGACUCCUUCGACAACGAGGAUGAGGAGAUGGUGACGUUCGAACUGAGCGAGAUGCUGCUCAUGCUGCUCGCCGCCGGAACCGACGACGAGGUGACAGACUCAGAGGACGAGUGGGACUUGUUUCACGAGGAGCUGGACGAUUUCUAUGAGAUUUAUCUAUAGCAGCCCCGCCCCCACUAACGCGCCCCCUCCCCCAUGUAUACUAUAGACACUAGAAUGGACUGUGUUGUGUGAGUGAUGGACAGUAGCUUCCCCUCACCUUCUGUAUUAUUGUGGCAGUGCCUUUAAGCAGGCCAUUAAUAAAUGAACUCAAUAAAGGUAAAUUUAAAAAAAAAAGAACAAAAAAAAAUCCCAACAAGUCCGUGCGCUCGUGCUAAACAUUUUCUAGACAUCUAUCCUCGUGAGUCUAUCUUUGUGCGAUCAUGUGGAAAGAAAAAGUAACAAAAUGACAAAAAUACACUCAAUAUAAGAUUUAAAGAAAGUUAUAACUUACUUCAAAUAUUGCUAAUAAACCUUGUCAAGUUUCUUUGUGGGUGUGGGUUUAACUUGUUUCUCAUCCUCCCAGGUGUUUGUACAUAUUUCUCAGACUCAAAGAAUGCACUCAGACUUACCCAGCACCGUUUACUGUAAUCGUGAUGGGCAUGUUGUAAGAUUUUACAUAACGGUUUUUGAAGGCCGGAACUUCUUUAUUUAGUUUUUUUUUUUGUUUUUUUUUUCUUUAUUAAAGCUGCUGAUAGCCAAUAUAUUGUGCCGAUGUUUAAUAAAUUUACCAUAAUAAUCACUUUCACAUUGUACUGAAGAUAUUUCCGGUUUUUCCAACGUUCCCUCCAACUCGUAUUGAUGUCAUUUAAGACAUGUUAAAAAACUAAAAUUGUCCAAAAUCUAAAAACCAGCACUGAGCCGCUCAUAAAAGCAAGAAAUCAGUACAGAUGAACUUUUCAGGAGCCACGUUCCCAUAAAACCAGCUUUUUGAAAUGCUGCAGAAGAGUACAUGUGAAUUGUGUGACCAAAAUUAGGAAAUUACUGCGUUAACUAGUGCGUAUAGAAGAAAAAUAGCAUCAUUUUGGCUUUAAAAGGCAUGUUCACCACCUCAUAACUUAUUCAACAAGGGCUUUAAUUCUGGUUCAAAAAAGUCAAACCAAGUGAGCGUUUUGUGAUUUUUUUUUUUUUUUAUUUUUAUUUUUUUUUUAUUUUGUCAUUCCCAUAAACAUUCUCUGAUGCAGUUAUUCAAAAGUGCAUUAGGCGUGGUUAAAACACUGGUCAUCCCUGUUUCCAAAUGUAAUGAACAUCUAAAUGAAGCUGUGCAUUGUCACAUGUGGUUUUUAAAAUAGUUAGAAAUGAUUGAGCUGAAAUGUGUUGUUUCUCCACCUGCUUUAGCACACUUGAAUCAUUUAAUAAUAAAUUCACUUUUUUUUUAAUCCCAAAAUGUAGAUUUCUUUCCUUUUUAACAUGGAUAAACAAUAAUCUACUAAUGUGAUUUCUAAUUGUCAUGAAGUUUAACUCUUAUUUUCUAAAAUCAGAUUUAAUCCCAGAUGUAAUAAAAGGUGUUUAUAUGAUUUUAUUUAAUUUUUUUCAAUUGAAAUAAUGCAGGUUUUGUAUGUCGCUUUAGAAACAGCUACUGCUUCUCUUGUAAAAGUCUAUCCUCUGAAGAUUAAAAAACAACAGGAAGUGAAGGUUGAUUGACACUUUUUUCCCUCAUAUUUGAUUCUUCGUAUUGGCGUAUUGUAAAUGUGUUGUGUAUGACAUACCUCUUAUAUUUGCAAAACCAAAUGCAUUAGUUUGUUAUUCAGGCUUUGUAUUCGGGAACUGCGCUGUUAGAAAAAUGCAAGACUUGAUCAACUUUGCUCCGUAUUAAAUUGGUCAGAGCUGCUGUAGUGAAGCACAGACCACACUUGUUACAUUAACUACAUCUGACUUGAUUUGUUUGGACUUUUACUGAAUAAAUAACCCCAUGUUUGCUCAUUCCUGCCCUUUCCACGUUUUCUUCAGUGCAUCUUAUGAGCUGCUCACUGCUGUUUUCUCCACCGAACGAAUCGUUACGUCCCCGUCUCAGACUGACAUACCAUGUACGACAGAAACAUUAAGUAGACCACUAUCCUGUAAAUGUUUCCCAGCAGCCCCCUAAAAAACCCCUGUGGUUCCCAAAGUCCGCUUCUUGUCCAGAGUCGGAGCUGAGCAGACGUGAAUCUCAGUGUAGAUGGACUCCUCAUGCACAGACACCUGAUGCUCAACCUGUUGAACUCCAUUGGAAUGCAUAUGUUUAUACUGAAAUGUGUGUUUUCUAUGUUCCACAGCCAUCCAUCUUAACUUGAAAUUAAAGUUUAUUAUCAGUA